CAGUAAUACCCUGUGACCAGCUUUUGGUUUGGAAAGAAAUAAAAGUCAUAAAAAAACUGUGAGAGAACAUUUUGCCUGAACGGCAGAAGAUCAUAGCGAUGUGUAUAGCAAAUUGGCCGGGCCGUUUUAAACUUGAUUAAAAGCAGAUCAAGUAGCCAUUGAUUUUUUGUUGGGUGGUGCUGUAGAUAGUUGGUCUCCAUAUGCGGAAUUCGUGCACUCUGGCAUACUAAUCUGUUGAGAGGCCACUGGAGAGUGUGUAUAGGGGUGUUGUGAAACUGAACAAAUGUGUACGACUUUAUAUAACACAUGGUACUAGAUACAGGAGGACCAGACUCCUGCCUUGUGAAGCGACAUCUGUAUAGCUCGGGAAUAAUAGUCGCACGCUUCCUGUUAUAAUCGUUCUGAAAACCUAAAAGAAUAAAAGAAAACAGAGUCAAAGUGAAUCAAAUCUGCAGGAAUUGGUUCAGAGUAUGUCCCCUUGCCUGUAGCGACUUCCUGCGACACUGACAGCAGGUUGAUGGUUUGACACUAUCGGUGAACCAAUUCAAGUACACCCUCUGAUUCUCUCAAGGUACUGAGGAAAACUGGAACGCUGUCGACAGUUCUAGGACAGAGAUUCUGGGGCGGAGGAAAGCGUUCUAGUGUAUAGCUGUGUUGUACUGAAACAUUCUACUUGUGAUAAAACCUUUGUGUGAAUUAUGGGAAGCAAGCAUUACUAUAUACUGUGAUUUGACUUGGAUUUUAAUGUUGAAUGUUCCUAGCUGUUUUGUCAACAUUGGUAUUAAGCAUCAAAGUUCACACAUCCAAGGAGCGAACUUUCACUUGUGUGGUGUAGUCUCUGCAAUCAAUGACGCCCUUGGGAUGUACAUGUGUUUUGGGUUACAAUACAGAUUAGUUCCAGCAGUGACAUCGUAGAAUUUUACCUGUCUUCUGAGCACGGAUUACUCUGAGCUGAGAUGCUGUUGAUGUAAUGCCCAGAGGUGAAACAGAACCAGCUAAUGAUGGAGGAAAUUAGGGAAGAGAACAGAGAUGUGUAAGAGUCUGACUGACCAUUAUCAAGUGUUUCCUAGACUCGGAAUGACUUAACGUGGCCGAUCCAGGAUAGCAUUAAUGCAUGAGCGUGACCUGGGUGUUUGACCAAUCGGGAGCAUGGAGAGAAAAUGGAUGUUGAUGAUGUGGGUGUGUAGCCUGGUGUUGUUGCUAGGUGCCAAGUUGCUGCAUGGUGAAAAUGUGUACUCUAAACAGGAAGUAAACCUCUUGCCACUGUCGGGAAGUAGAACUACACCGUUCCUCAAUCACCUGGUCAUACAUAAUAAUCUUUUAUAUAUUGGCGCUGUCAACAGGAUAUUUAAACUCAGUUUUAAUUUAUCCAUUUUGGCUAAUAUGUCAACUGGUCCACAGAAUGAUAGUGCCCUCUGUGAUCUGCCACCUUCUGGGGAUCGGUGCAUGCAUAAGAAAUCCCUGCGUGACAAUGUCAACAAAGUGCUUCUUAUCCACCAGCCAAGAGGAGAACGCCCCAUGCUCAUAACGUGCGGAAGUAUUUUCCAAGGGGCUUGCGAAACUAGAUUCUCCAAUAACCUCCAACUUAACCAAAAGUACUACGGUCAGUUGGAGAGUAUGAGGAGUGAUCUCCCCUUACAGGAUGUGUAUGCCAUUGCUGCAGAUACUGAAAAGGGUUCAACAGUCGCUUACAUUGCACCAGGAGCAAAAGGCAAUGAUGUCAUAUACAUAGCUUCUGCAUAUACUGGUUUAAAUAAUCGCCUCAUCCGACAAAACAUUCCAGCCAUCAGUACCCGUAAGCUAGGUCCGAGGGACGACAUCUUCAGCUUCAGCGCCAUUGAAUCCUCACCUAUCACGCAACGUGCCUCAAGUGUUUCCAUCAAAGAGAGUAUACGUUCCACAUUUUUUGUGAAUUACAUCACUGGAUUUACGUCGGGAAAUUACAGCUAUUUUGUGACGACACAACCAAAAUCACAAAAUAAAGGUAGUCCGACUACGAUCUCAAAAUUAAUUCAUCUGUGUCAGCAAGAUGAAUGGCUCACAUCUUACGUGGAUUUACCUUUAGUGUGUAGAAAAGGAGGCAAAGUAUAUAACAAAGUGACGUCUGCUCGUGUGAUACAACCAGCAUUAAUCCUCCAGAAGAGCAUGACACUUAUGCCUGGUGCGGAGGAAGUUCUUGUUGCCACGUUUACAGAUGACAGUGAGAAACAUUCUGCAGUGUGCGUGUUUGGGAUGGGUGAGGUUCGCAAGAAAGUUGUGGCCAAUGUGAGGCUCUGCAGGAUGGGGAACUCUUCAGCAAAUGGAAACAAGUACAUAGAGAGUGGAGCGGAAUGCAGAUUUAAUGACAAGAUGGAGAGUGAUGAGUCAUUGCUAUGCUUCAAAGUCCCAUCACGAAGCUUCAGUCGGAUAGCUGGCAUCCUAGGAGUGGAGGCUCAGCCUGUCCUCACAUACGAAAAUAUGACCUUUACAUCCAUUGCCUUGUCAACCACGACAGACUUCACUGUGGCCUUCCUAGGAACCAACCAAGGAGACAUCAAAAAGAUCGUGAUCACCUCCAACCUGAACGCCACAGAAUAUGACCAGACUCACCACACAGACCUGACCAUUGACCCGGGCAGUUCUAUCAACAAAGACAUGCAGCUUGACCCCACCAAUCAGUACCUGUUCACCAUGAGCGAGAAAACGGUUGCCAUGUUGCGUGUGGAGAAUUGUCAGCGCCACUCUAGUUGUCAGGAAUGUCUGUCCAGUCAGGAUCCUUACUGUGGCUGGUGUACGCUGGAAAACAGAUGCACUGUCCGAAGCUUAUGUACCAACCCAGAUAUUGACCGAUGGGCGAACGGUCAAGUUGGAAACUGUAUCACAAUCAUGGAUACUUCACCACCCAGUGCCUCAGCUUCCGUUGUCAUCAAGUUGAAUGGUUCUUUGCGAGUCCAUUUGUCCAUCCUGAAGCUACCCAGAAUGACCAACUACAGCUGUGUUUUUGCUCUGGACGCUGGCCCCUGGUCAGUCCCCGCUGAGAGAUGGUCCUACGGGCUGACCUGUCAGACUCCAAAUGUCACCAACUUUGUCCUCCUGUUUGGAGAAGCAGGACAUCGAGACAUCAAACUCUCCAUCAACUCGACAGAGACUGGUAAACUGUUUGUGUCCAAGAACUUUACCUUCUACAACUGUGAAUCCUUCAAAAGCUGCAGUCCCUGUACAGACAAUCGAUGGUCAUGUGACUGGUGUAUCUAUGAAAACAAGUGUCUAUAUAACUCUGGCAACUGUGACCCCCGCGGCAUCAUCGUGAGUCGAAAUGAGACUGAUGAUGAUAACUCGACAGAGGUUGCCAGCAGCAUUAGGUACUCGGGUGAGGGGAGACGAGGACCAAACCACUGUCCGCGGGUGGAUAGAAGCAAAACUGAGCCAGUCUACAUCCCCAACAUGAAAGCCAAGCCCAUCACCAUACGGGGAUUCAACUUCCCAGAGCGUCUUCCUGGGAUGGAGGGAUAUCGUUCUGAGAUCCGCAUUCCUGACACCCUUACUACAGUGAGGGCCCACUGUGACCGCCUGGACAGUGAAAUCAUCAGGUGCCACAUUCCAGAGAGAAAUUAUGUGUUCAAAACUGGAAAGUUUCAAGCUGACCUCAGGAUCUUCUUUGGAAAUAACACUGAGGUUGAAAAUGAUGCAACACAAGUGACUAUAUACAGCUGUACCAAGCUGGGUAAUGGGGACUGUAGUUACUGCAAGUACAUGCAGCAUCACGAAAUACAGCUCGACUGCGCCUGGUGUCAGGGCACGUGUGAGUACCGAGAGUUUUGUGCCGACACACGAGCCCAAAUCUGGAGUAGCGGAGACACCUGUCCCCCACCUAGGAUCCAUAGUAUCGACCCUAACAAUGGAACAAAGAUGGGAGGCACACGUGUGACCUUGACAGGGCAUAACCUCGGUACAGAGUUCAAGGACAUUCAGAACAACGUGUCAAUAGCAGGUGUACCGUGUAGACCUAUCAAGGAACUCUACAGACCCUCCAAAAUAAUCGUGUGUGUCAUUGGUCCAAGUGACCAUGGGGACAAGUCCGGAGGCGUAACUGUGCUGACAUACGUCUUUAAUAAAAUCAUAUUCCACUACCUUAGCCCGUCCAUAGAGAAGGUGACCCCUGCCCACGGCCCAAAGUCUGGCGGCUCAUCCAUCACCGUCAAGGGCUUACACCUAAAUGCUGGCAACAAUAUCUCCAUCUCCAUCAACAAUCGUACUUGUCAGAUCAUUGGGCAUGUUGGUCAAAGGUCAGUGACCUGUACAACACCCCCCAGCCCCCAGACUGGAGAUGAAAUGAUUCGAGCGAGUAUUGAUGGUAACGACAUCUAUGGUUCACUCAUGUUCCGUUACUAUGACGACCCGACAAUCAAGAGUAUCUCCCCUGUUCGCAGCUUCUUUAGUGGAGGAAGGAACAUUACUGUGACUGGUACCAACUUCACCUGUAUACAGAGACCUCGAAUGUUUACCAUCUUCGCAGCAAAACGCAGCAAAGAAUGUGACUGUUACAUAUUCAACUCUACGAUGAUGAAGUGUCCAACGCCCCACAUGACCGUUCAUGACGAACUGGAACGCGUUGACCGUUUGAGGCGGUCAACACAGCAGCUAUCUGCUGAGAUAGGCUUCAUCAUGGACAAUGUGCUGUCGGUGCAGAAUUUGUCUCGUAACUUCCCUGAUGUGGCUAGCUCCCUGGAUUACUUCUCCGACCCCCAAGUGUUUAAUUUCACGGAGCAGGGAGGAUUGAAGGAGUUCAAAGGCGAAGUCCUCAUUAUCAGGGGUCAAGGAUUGAACGUGGCAGCCAGCAAGGAGGACGUGACUGUGAUGAUUGGUGAAAAGAUGUGUAAUGUUACAAAUCUUGUGGAAAAUGAGAUUUACUGCACACCACCCACCACCCAGCCUCAAACCAUCCAACGCAACGGGGUUCCUUCCAACAGCAAUGCCCCACAAGUCAUUGUGAAGAUUGGAAACCGUGAGUACCAAAUUGGGUUCCUAGCCUACGAAACGCCGAGCCCUGAGGGAAGCAUGCUUGUGUACAUAAUCAGUGGUGUGGUGGCCAUUGUGGUGGUCAUCCUAGUGGCAGUUAUCCUGUUCGCAUUGUUCUACCACCGCCAAAAGACACGCUCUAAGCGCGAGUUCCGCAAGAUGCAGAUCCAACUUGAUUCACUGGAGAGCAAUGUCCGAAAUGAGUGUCGGCAAGCAUUUGCGGAGCUGCAGACAGACAUGACUGACCUUACAAAUGACCUGGAUGCAAGCAAAAAGCCAUUUUACAGCUUUGAGAGUUACACCUUCAAUGUGCUUUUCCCCGGCAUGUUGGAUCAUGUCAUCCUCCACCCACCUAUGCAAAAGAAUGGGAACAUUGACCGCCAUCCUGAUAUUGGUAUUGUACACUUCAACCAGCUGCUUCAGAACAAGCACUUCCUCCUCCUACUCAUCCGGACCCUGGAGAAACAGAAAAGUUUCAGUAUCAGGGACAAGUCCAAUGUAGCGUCACUGCUGAUGAUUCUCUACCAGAACAACAUGGAGUAUGCUACAGAAAUUUUGAAAACUCUGCUGGCAGAUCUGAUAGAGAAGUCCGUUGACAGCAAACAUCCAAAGCUGAUGCUGAGGAGGACAGAGUCUGUUGUAGAAAAACUGUUGGCUAACUGGCUGUCCCUGUGUUUGUAUAAAUACCUAGUGGAAGAGUCGAAUUUCCCAGACUCGGCAGGGUCAUCACUGUACAUUCUGUAUAAAGCCAUCAAAGUUCAGGUGGAGAAGGGCCCGAUAGAUCAUGUGACCUGUGAUGCGCGUUAUUCGCUCUCAGAGGACCGUCUGCUCAGGACAGAGUGUAAACUAGAAGUAGAAAUGUUGAACCUGAAUGUGGAGUAUGAGGGGAAGAAAUACAAGUGCCGUGUUUUAGACUGUGAUACAAUUACACAAGCCAAAGAGAAGAUGCUGGACACAAUAUUCCGAAACUUUGCGUAUUCCCAGAGGCCAGUAGCUGCAGAACUAGAUUUAGAAUUAAGUAACAGUGGCCGUAUGAUGCUAGAUGAGGAUAACACUACAAUAAAAGUGGACGGCUGGAAACAGCUGAACACGUUACGACAUUACAAAGUGUUGGACCACUCUGAGAUGGUUCUUACUCAUCAUCAGAACUGCCGCACUAUGCCACGCUCACCCAAUGGAUCUGUCCACUCCAUGGGCUACCCCCACAGAGAUGCCGUUCCCAUCGCCCGUACAGAGAACGAGGUUGGCACCAAGAUCUGGCAUUUGGUAAAACAACAUGACGACUGUAACAACGGGGGAGGUCUCAAGAUGAGCUCGGAGAUUUACCUCACACGGCUGCUGUCUACCAAGGGCACCCUGAAACAAUACAUAGACGACUUCUUUGAGAUGGUGCUCAAGGUGGACAGCAGUAUGCCACCCGUCAUCAAGUACUUGUUUGACAUGAUGGACCAGGCAGCAGACCGUUUCAACAUCACUGACCCUGAUGUGGUGCAUACCUGGAAGUGUAACAGCUUGUUGCUGCGGUUCUGGGUGAACAUAAUAAAGAAUCCAAAUUUUGUUUAUGACAUACAAAAACCAAGCAUUGUGGAUUCCUGUCUGUCCGUGGUAGCACAAACCUUCAUGGACAGUUGCUCAACCUCUGAACACAGGCUCGGCAAGGAUUCCCCUUCCAACAAGCUCCUAUUUGCUAAAGAUAUUCCAAAGUACCGCAAGUGGGUGGAGAAGUACUUCAGUGACAUCCAGGCAAUGCCUGCCGUCAGUGACCAGGACCUCAAUGCCUACCUGGCCGACGUUUCUCGGAUGAGCACGGGCCAUUUCACCAAGGAAAAUGCCUUGUAUGAGCUCUACAACUAUGUACAGAAAUACAACAAUGAGAUUAAUGAGAGUUUGGAGGCAGACGGUUUCGCCAAUGCCCAACAACUUCCCGCCAAACUAGGUCAUGUGAUUACUGCCAUGGAGGGACCGAAUCCGUACAUGCGGGACUAUGUAUGACCAGGAUCGAAGUCAUGACCUUGUGUUCACCUUCACCAUAUAUUCACCAAUGCCGUGUCUUUCAUCUUUUUGGGAACAGUAUCACAUCCUGACUACUGGAUUUGUUUGCAAAGCAUCUUAACGUGUGUGUUGUAUGACUGUGGGCAGAUCUUAGAACAGAUCGGGAGUAAUUGCAUCGGCAACUGAUUUGUCGAGGUGUGUCUGUAUACUUUGAUUUUUACUGAGGGGAAAUGUUUAUCAUCAUGUAUUUAACUGUAUGUAAACAUCACUAUGUCAUGUGAUAGGUGUCUGUAACACCGCUACGUGUAGAUUAAUAUAUAACAUACGUGUUUGUUCAUAACGAUUAUGUCUGUAAGUGUCAAUGUCUUUGUCCUUCCAUUAGAAUUCAUUUACAUGACGGUCUAUGCAGAAACUUUAUUCAAUAAUUACCAAAGACUAAAAUAUGAAGCCACUUCCUUUUGAAAGUGUGCUCCUACAGAAUUAUAUGUAUACAACAUGGAUAAUCUACAAAUAAAUGAGAGAGAAAUAUUCAUCUACAAAACUUGAACUUGGAAACAUAAUAGUGCUGAUUUGUACUCAAACUGCUGAUGGUAUUCUACAAACUUUCACCUUGUAGAUAGGGCACAAUUGAGUUUCACUUACCAGUUUUGUGCACUUUCAUGCACAUUCAUUACCAAAUACAUUCAUGAAUAUUCAUACAUGAUAAAUCACAUAUUCAUUUUCAUACAUAUUCAUAUAACCAAAUAUGAAUUUAACAUACAUUUGGACAUAAAUGAAUAUUCAUAUAUGAUAAAUCACUAAUAUAUCUUCAUUUUCAUUUGUACCAAAUGAUUAUAUAAGUUUGGACGCAUCAUGAAUAUUCAUACAUGAUCAUUGCUAAUAAAUAUUCAUGCAUAUUUAUGAUUAUGCAAUAGUCACUCAUUCAUAUUCGUUCAUUAAUAUUCACAUACAAUGUCACCUGGUGAUAUUCAUAGAUGUCUCGACUGUAUAGCACAUUAUAAUAACAGGGGUGUGUUUUAUCCUGUUGAUUUCCAAAACAGAUGUAAGAUAUCCUACCAUGAUUAUGCCAUAUUAUAAACAUAAACAGGAGGCUCAUUGAUAAGUAACCAUACAACUAGGUGCUUUUAUUUAUCCUUGUAUUGCAGUUGUGUUUUGCUUGUAUGCCUGCGAGCAAUUUAAAAUUGGAUUCUUAUGCUAAUCAUAUCACCAACUUGUAAAUGGGUAUGUGUUAUUCAUAUGAUUGAUAUGUACAGCUGUAGAUGUACAUACAAUAAUACUGUACCAGCAAGUACGGGAGAGGAAAAACUAGAACACCCAACAAAUGCAAUCAUCUCUACUAUUAUAGGUUCCUCUUAAUUUUAAAACUCUACUUGUUAUGAAUUCACCAUGACAACCAAGUUCAGUACAAAGUAUGAUAUUUUUACAAUGUCAUCAUGACAACCAAGCUUGGUGCAAAGUGUGACAUUCUGUUUCUCUAAACGACCCUGACCUCGGAGUCGUAAAUGCAAUUGUCACCAAAUUUCUAUCUCGCCUCUUGCUUCUCUCAGGUACUUAUUUUGUAUUACUACAAUUAUUACACCGUUUGUUAAUUUGAUAUUUUUGUUCUUGUAAUAUGACUUUAUUGAAUGUUUUUGCGUAUAUAACUUCUAUACACAUUCUUUGCAUGCUUGGCAUUUUAGCACUUGACCUGAAACAAUAAGUGAAAGGAUAAUUGCUAUGGUGCAAUGUUUGUCCAUCUGCCAACUCAAUCACCAUUUUUACAAUAAAGAACUUUGCCAAACAUAAUCAAGCUUAAUAUAUGUCAUCACCAGGAAAAUGGCGCUCAGAUUUAUUUUUAUGAAGGGCAUACCUUUAAAGAGGCAAUGAAAUAGAAGCAGAAAUUGAUAUUUUUAGUAAAAUGUUAAAAAAUCUUCUUGUCAAGUACAACAUUGUCCAAGAUAUAUUACAUCUCAUAGGUAAAAAGUCGAGGUAUAAAAAUUGUACACAGGUUUGCUUGUCAUUAGAUGACACCGGCAUUUUAUUCUCAGAAAUAACUAUCUUCAAUGUAUUAAAUAUAUGUCAAUCACUGAAUAACAAACCCCACAAAAAGGUUUAAACUGAUGUUGUUUGAUUCUUGGCCGAAAAGGGUCAUUUCAGGUAGCAAUCAUGUGAAGAUUAGCUUAUAAAUAACAUUUCUGAGGUAAAAUCAUCUUCAUAACUUAAUAUUCUGAGUCUUUGAUUAACUUUAUUUUGGCUAAUGAGUGCGUCCUCUCAGUACUGUUUGUGCUGAUUUUCCAAAUCAAACAUGUACUUUGAUUCCAACACUUAAAUUGGUUUCUUGGGACCAAAUUGAUAAAAGAGGCCAUGCUAAAUGCCAGACUUUUUCUUCACCUGGUCAACUAUCAUUUUGAUCUAAAGGGUUUGAAAUACUCACCGAGUUGAAUAGAACAGGUUCAUCGGGCCUCUUGGUUGUUUUAAUAUAAGUUAAGUCUGUUUCAAGAUGAUCAAACUUUUAACUGAGACCAAUAAUAAUACUCUAUACUACGCUUUUUCUCUCUGUCUAUACCAUUAUCAUUGAGGUUUGAAAUAUACCUAAUUUACAUCAAAUGUUUAUAUUAAUACAUAUAUACACUGUAACUGUAACCUAGUAAGAAGAUAUGUCCUUAUAUAUGCCAUAUUUGUAUGAGAAUAUAAUGUGUUCUUUAAUAUGCUAACAAGAGCUCGCUUUUAUGUUCUCAUAUGCUAUAAUUAAGAAUACUGUAUUUGCCGUAAUUAGCACCCAUGGCAUUUCAAACAUUGGCUAAAAUCGGCUUUUUAUUAUGAUAAAAAAACUAAGCUGUUAAAAAAGGGUUUCGAUUAGGAGUUGUGUUGUGUUAAGGAAACCUUAUCAUUAUAUCUGUAUCAGCAGUCUGACUACUGGCAGUUUAGGUGUAAAUAGUAAGUUAAUUCAUCAAUGAAGGCCAGGAUCAAGGUGAAGGUCGGGUUAGGAAGUGUUUAUAAUUAGAAUUUUGCACCAAAAAAGGAAGAGGGAUAGGAGUGUUAAUACAGGGAGCCAAUUAUAGCGAAUACAUUGUAUGUCUUUGUAAAGUCUGUAUAAGAACAUCUGUUCUAUUUCGGGUAAAUUUUGAAAUAUUACUUGCUUAUAUUACAACAUUGACACAAUCAUGAAAGUAUUCUAAUUUGCUGAUAUGCAAAUCAAAUGUGUCAUUAUCACAAUACAUAUUUGUGUAAGGUGACUUUGUAUAUAAAUUUCAUGAAAAAGAUCAUUCUUGAAUAUGGCAUAAUAAUUUAUAUAAACAUUUGUUUCAUAUAUUAUUGCAUUAUAUCAUUUUUCGAUGGUGGAACAUAAAUUCUGAAGAAGUGACAUAAUAUAUAUAUAUCCAGGCAAUAUUUAGCAUUGAAUGCCUUUUUGUACAGGAGCUGAGGUAUGAGUGUGGAGAGGGUUUUAAACAUGUGACUGGUAGUUGUUGAUACACAAUUUACAUUUCUAUUAUUGUACAUUUGCUAUUAUUUAUCAAUUUGUUUCAGAAAGUUCCUGUUUAAAUGUAAUUGUUUUAUAUCUAUAUAGCCCGAAUGUGUUCUUGUAAGUGUUAAAUUGGUCAAAUUGUAUGUUGUUCGAUGUUAAAUCUUUCCUGUCUGCCCCAAAUCAUCACAAUUCUUAUGCACUCAAAUCAAUAAACAGGGUGCUUGCUAUUGAGUUCAUUGGCGGAUUCAUUACCAAAAUACCUCAUACCCCUAGUUAAGGGGUAUGAUGUAGUCCCUUGGACCUCAAAGAGGUUUGAUGGAAUUCUGAAGUUGGGGCCCACUCUUUUUAGAAAUCCUGGACCCGCCAGUGAAGUCGUCGGGGUGUAGAGACUACUUCAUCUAUGCUUAUUGGUUAAAAGUCUGUUUUGUGUGUAUGUUUUGAUGUUUGAUAUUUGUAUCACUCUCUGCAAACUUAUGUGCCAAAAAUAUUAUUAUACUAAUUGUAGUGUCUGUAGAUCUUGUUUGUUAUGUGAAUUGAGUCAUAUCUGUAUAUUAACACUGAUGUUAAGCUAGUAUGUUAUCUUAAUGACACUCGGAUCAUUAAUAUCUUAUUUAAUAUUUGCUCAUUUUAUUUUUAACAUUCUGUAUAAGCUAUACAAGAACUUUUACAAAGGUAGAAGUCAUACAGAAAGAUUUAAGCAAAACCAAAAAUAUAUUUAAUUUUGUAUUUUCAUAAUUUUAAGUAAGUGAUUUGUGUUGGGAUUUUAUUUUUACCCUACUUUUCCAAAGCAAUACUGUUCCACUAUUGUAAUGACAAGCAAGGCAUAUUUAACUUUUGUUCCCUGAAGCUUCAGUAGAAUUAAUUUGAACUAUCUUUUAAAACUAUAUGAUGUAAUUAAUAGGUAGUUCCCAGUAUAUAGCCAUUACCUCGAGGAGUUCAAACAUUAUUAGUCACAAAAACAUUAUAACCUGCAUGGUAGGUUCUGAGUGGUGUCUGUUGCUGUUAUGGGUGAUUGUGUCACUAGUGUCGUAACUGAUACAGUGCCAAAUUGAUGGGACACAGAAGCUUCAAUUCUUUCAAUGUAGCUCAUCAGAAUGCCAAACAACACAUCAGUCUUUUUUCUACAUCAGGCAAAUAACUGUAUUUUCUGAUAAUGUCAACCUUCAACUGAAAAAGGGGUACAUACAACCUAUGGUAUACACACAGAAAUCAACUACCAUAUUGUAUGUAUUCCUUUCAUUGUGAUGACAGGAGUGAGCAAACAGAAAUCAACCGUUGUUAUUUGGAGAUGCUCAUGGGGCAAGGCUGUGAUAAUUCUUUUUCGACUAUUUUUAGUUCCUGCCUGUAAGUAAUCUUGUUUACCUGGGUAGGUGAAUGUAGCUCGUCACCUUUUGGACUGUAUUUAGAACCUCUUACCUUUGGGAGACCAAUCUAUUAUUUUCUUCAGGAUUGAGUAUAUUUAAAAAUUCAUUUCAUUUAAUCAGCUGGAAAUAUUUUAUUUUAUAAUUGUCAAAACAUUUUAAAGACAG